AUGGUGAGGAAGAGUCUCUCUGUGUGGGACCAGGACAUCGAGGACCACCUGGUGAAUGUCAAUGUUGGUGGCCUCAAGCACAGUAUCUGCUCCAGUAUGCUCCGGAAGUUUCCAGAUACACGGUUGUGCCGCCUUCUAUCCUGUGACACAGAGGAAGCUAUUCUGCAAGUUUGUGAUGACUAUGAUGUUCAGAAGAAAGAGUUUUACUUUGACCGGAACCCUGGCCUCUUCCCUUAUGUUUGUCAUUUUUAUCAGACCGGAAAACUGCACAUUAUGGAGGAGCUGUGCAUCUUUUCCUUUUGCCAGGAGAUAGAGUACUGGGGCAUCAAUGAAUUCUUCUUGGACAGUUGCUGUAGUUAUCGUUAUCAUGAUCGCAAACUGGAGAGCCAUCACAAGUCAUGGGAUGAGGAAAGUGAUGUAAGCAGUGUGGACACCUCAGUAGAUGAGAUAUCUGAUCUUAACAAGGACAUUCAGCAUUUCCAGGACAUGCGUUGUGGUAAUGUUCGGAAGUGCCUGUGGCUUACUUUGGAAAACCCAGGAUAUUCUAUUCCUAGUAAGCUCUUCAGUUUGCUCUCCAUCAGUGUUGUGUUGAUGUCAAUUGCCACCAUGUGCAUCAACAGCAUCCCAGAGAAUCAGAUGUAUGAUGACGAUGGUCGGCCAAUUGAGGAUCCAACCAUGCAAACUUUGGAAAUUUUCUGUAUCUGCUGGUUCACUUUUGAAGUAGUGACACGCAUGCUCCUCGCCCCAAACCAUCGGAAGUUUUUUCUCCAUCCGCUAAAUAUGAUUGACAUCAUCUCAGUGGUUCCCAUCUACAUCACAAUCUUCUUUGACUUGGUUGCUGGUGAGUCUGAGCUAGGAAACCUGGGGAAGGUCGUCCAGGUUCUUAGGCUGAUGAGGAUAUUCAGGCACAGUUAUAGAGAGGUUGGCAUCCUGCUGCUGUACCUGGCUGUAGGUGUGUCUGUCUUCUCUGGCAUAGCUUACACUGCGGAGUAUAAGGAGGAUGUCGGCUUGGACACCAUCCCUGCUUGCUGGUGGUGGGGUACAGUAAGCAUGACCACAGUUGGCUACGGAGAUGUUGUGCCGGUCACAGUGGCGGGAAAGCUAGCAGCUUCGGGCUGUAUCCUGGGUGGAAUGUUGGUUGUGGCCUUACCCAUCACCAUCAUCUUCAACAAGUUCUCGCAUUUCUACCGCAAGCAGAAGGCUCUGGAGGCUUCAGUGAGGAACAACAACAAGAAGAGAAUUAAUAUGAGCCAGGGAGAGGGGGAAGAAGUAUCUGAAGGAGACAGUCAGUGUUUGGAAGAGGAAGAUGAAGACCAUGAUGUAGGUUUGAUGAACUGCAGCUAUAUAGAUCACCCACUUCCAGCAUCUUCAGUGCAGCAUGAAAGGAGAGCUCCACUUGCAAGAGGAAAAGAACUUUAUGAGCUCUGA